AUGGAUCAAUAACAUUAGUAGCAUUUUCAAACCAUAGAAUGUGUAGUUUCUGAGAGAUUAACAAGCAGAGGCAAAUCCUAAACUAAGGACACAAUUCAAGUCUUAUCUCCUAAACAAAAUAUAGUCUAUGUUAAGAGAUAGCCAUAACNCCAAAUUAGAUAGUAGGACCUGGUUCAGGAAAGGGUACAUAAGGUGAACUGCUAAGUAAAAACCUAAAAUUUACACAUUUAUCAGCAGGAUAAUUACUAAGAGAUGCUGUAAUUAUUGAAAUUUUAUUAUUAGAUUACAAGUAAUUCGGAGCACAAAAGUACUAUUGAAGAUUGCAUCAAUAAUGGAGUUAUUGUUCCUGUAAUUAUAAUUAUUUGAUGUGUUUUAGAGUCAUGUAACUAUUAAUUUAUUGGAUAAAGCCAUUUUUGAAAGCUUAAGUUUUGAGUCUUUUCUAAUAGAUGGAUUCCCUAGGAAUUACGAGAAUAUGCAAAGUUGGAUAGAAUUGAUGGAUCACAAAAUCAACUUUAAAAGUGUUAUUCAUAUUCUUUGUUCAAGAGUAAAAAAUGUGUUUUUAUUUGCAGUAAUCUAUGAUCUCAAGAAUAUAAGAGAGAUCAAAAACAAGUGGAAGAUCAGAUGA